AUGGACAAACGUGGCCUCGCUGCCAAUGCAGACGAGACCCUCACACAGCAGUAUCCGACGCCAACGGCCGAAGGGCAAGCUGGCGCUACCUCCUUUUACAAUGCCACGGGCGCCGACGUCAGUCUCGACCAGAUAGAUCCGCAGCUCGGAGGCAUGCAGUCUGACGAGAGCCGCGGCGGCCAGCUGGACGACAGCGCCGCCACUGCGGAGGCCAAUGUCCGUGCACUGGUCGCUGCAGUGAACGGCAGCGACGAUGUCGACGUCAGCAUGGGCGGCGACGCGGACGAGUCGUAUCCUGAGUUGCACCUGCGCGCCCUUAAAACGGAGGAUACAGGGCCAGCCGACGACGGGAGCGGCGGCGUGUACGGUGGCGCGGCACAAGCGGACCACCAUCCCAACGACGAGAACAACAUGUAUGCGGCCGCUGCGCUGGAGCACGUGCAGCAAGCAGCCGCCGCACAACAGGCGGAGAGCCAGGACGGGGUGGCGCACGACGAGCACCGGCAACACCAACAGCCGCACGAGCAGGAGCACAACCCGGCCCACGACGAACCCCAGCAGGGUGUGCGAGCGCCCGUCAGCGUCGAGGAGCUGCAGCUUGCCGCACAGCUAAGCCAAGGCCUCGCGCCCAUGAUGCGCGAGGCCAAUGCGCGCCGCGAAGGCGAGUUCCAUGACGCCAACAGCGGUGUCGGUAGCGGCGCAGACGCCGGCGCUGGCUUGCAUGACGGCCAAGACGACGCCGAGGCGUUGCGCGUCGCGGCGGCGGCGGCGGCGGCUGCUGCUGCGGAUGGCGCAUACGGCAGCCCCGACGUGACGUCCGCGUACCACCACACUCUGCAGCACCCGGCUGACGUCCAGGGCGUGAGCCACUUGCCCGCGUCGCUGCAGAUGGCGCAUAUGGCCCAACAGUACAACGUCGACCACAUCCCGCCAAGGAAACGAUCCAAGGUGUCACGCGCCUGUGACGCGUGUCGCCGCAAGAAGAUCAAAUGCGACGCGGUGUCGGAGACCGAGCACUGUACCAACUGCCGGCGUGCGCGCAUGGAGUGCUUGUUCAGCCGCGUGCCCCAGAAGCGCGGCCCCAGCAAGGGGUACAUCAAGGAGCUCGCCGACCGCAUCAACAGCAUCGAGGGCAAGCUGGGCAACCAGAGUCCCGCGUCCGCCGCCGAUGCCCUCGAGCUCCUGCGUGACGCGGGCGAUGCUGCCAACGGCUAUGCGCGAUACUCGCUCAACGAGAACGCCAAGCGGCCCUUUGCCAACAUAUCGGACGAGACGCCCGACGGCAGCCCGCAAAACAACAACCGGCACACCGCCUGGGCCACCACGACGCCGCGCACGCCGUACUCGGCCGUGUCGCUCGCGCCUCAACCGCACAUCGAUGGCGACACUCCGAACGCACUCUCUCGGUCGCUCACGGAUAUGGAGCGGCUGCUGCCUCUGGCUGACCACGAGUCGCAAGAGCUCGACGACGCCGUCGACCGAUCCCGUGUGCUCGACAACCUGGCUCAGUGCCCCCAAUUCCUGCAAGACGCAUUCGUUGUCGCACUGCGCGCUGUCUCUGACGCGCUUGGGUCCGUGCCAACGGCUGGUCUGGCGCGUGUUGCGAGUGCUCUCCUUGCCCAGUGGGAGACGGAAGGCAGUGCGCGCACGUCUCUGCACGACCUCGUCCACCUGCAGACGUUGCUGCUCCUUGCCAUCGAAGCAGACACCCAUGGGCCGGCCUCUCUCAAGGGCCACCACGGCGGCCUCUCAAAGACGGCGCUUCUGUCACGCGCCGUCGCCGUCUCCUACGAAAUGGACCUGCCUCAGGAGCAGCUGGGCGCAACAGUCGCCGCCAUCUCCGCGGCUGCAGCAGACGAUCCGUCCCAGGCCGGCGCCGUCGACACGGACUCCGAAGCUCGUCUGGGCCUGCGCGCGUGGUGGUCGCUUGUCGUGCUCGACCGCUGGAAUGCCGUCGCGCUCGGUAAGCCGCUGCUCAUCCCACUGCGCACCGUUGUGCUGUCGCCCGGCCUGCGCCCGCUUCUGGGCGAGUCCGCCUUCCAGUUUACGAAGCUGUCCUACCUUCUCGGCUCAUCCAUUGCGCCUGCACUCGUCUCGAAGGAUCCCCUUCGCCAACUGCGAACCCCAUCAUCGUCCUCGUCCUCUGCCGCCUUCCUCGGCCCGCUCGGCCAACAGCUCGAUCUCGGCCUAGAGAUGUGGCGCGCCGGCCUGCCCGACUCCGUCACCGAAUCGGGCGCCCCGCUCGUCCAUCUCGGCUACUGGCAGUACCGCCUGCUGGCGUACCUGCUGCAGCCGUCCACUCUCUCAUCCGACGUCUCCUGGGCCACCAAAAAGGUGGUCGAGCUGACCCUUGUCGCUACCGACGCCAAGGCUGUCUCCCGCCGCGCGCCUGGGCCCCCCAUCAGCCCGUUCCACCACUACUUUAUCUGCCUCUCGGGUCUGAUCUUGGCCGAGCUGUCCAAGGUUGCCGGCGAGCGCCAGGCUGCGCUGCGCGCCCUCAACGACUUGCUUGAGGUUGUCGCACCCAAGCCGAUCCCCGUCGAGGGCGGCGCCGAGGGCGCUACCGAGGUCCCCAACAGCUCCGUCUGGAACGGCCCGCUGCGGGAGACGCUGGCGCGCCGGCUGAAAUCGUCGCCGUCCAACGCUACGGGCAACAAUGCGAACAGCACCGCCUCAGCAGGCAACCCUGCCACCUUGGCCGCCGCAGCGGUUGCCGCAGCCGCUGCUGCUGCCGCCGCUGUGGAGGCUGCUGUGACGGCAUCCGAGGGCGACGCCUCUGCGGCAGCCAACAACGACAGCACGGCCGAGUCUGCCCAGCCUGCGGCCCCGCCUGCCGCCGCGCCCGAACCCGUUCCGGCGGCAGACGACAGCGGUCUGCGCAGCGCCACCAACUACGAAAACCUCGGUUUCAAUCCGCUGGCGUUGCUUCGUGGUGGAUUCCUGAACACGGUGAACAAGAUAGCCGUGGUGACUCCAGCCGUGGCUACGACCAGCGCUCCCGUCGCUCCGGAAGCCAACUUGGAAGGGAGCUCCACGCCGCAAGAGGCCUCGGUACAGGCGUGA